AAGAAAAAUCUGGGAAAAUCUGUUGAAAUGAGAAGAACAUGAACCUGCUUAUCAUCAGUGUGUAGAUGUUUUUCUGUUUUUUUUUUCUUUUGUUACAAUUUCUGUGGGUGGGUUAGGUGGUAUGAAAGAAAGUGUGCUGAAACAAGCGAAGCAAAAGUAAACCGAGGGCGAUGUUUGUUUCCUGAAAAUAAGUGAACACUAGUUUAAUAAAGGGUCUUAUAAUGCAGAAAGUGUGAAAUUUUGAAGUGGUACCUCCUUCAUCUCAUGCUACAUUCUGUCGGCAGCUACCCUGGAACAUUCUAGGCUCCUCGGAACCGUUGUGCUUUUUUAUUUCUUUUAAAGCACAACUGUUCCUGCGGUGGAACAUUGACCAUUUGAAAAUAGUUGUACAAUAGCUUCCAUUAUUUGGAAAAAAAAAAAAAGGGGUCUUCUGAUUCUUUGAAGCGAGAAGAUGCAGAGGCCUCCACCAGAAGAUUUUCUGUUAAAGGAGACCAAACCCCACCUUGGAGGGGGAAAGGUCUCUGGGGACAAGCUCACUAGCACUUAUGACCUAGUUGAGCAAAUGCAGUAUCUCUAUGUGAGGGUUGUGAAGGCUAAGGACUUGCCAGCAAAGGAUGUCACUGGCAGUUGUGACCCUUAUACUGAAGUCAAGCUGGGGAACUACAAAGGCACUACUCGGCACUUCGAGAAGAAGUCUAAUCCUGAAUGGAAUCAGGUUUUUGCUUUCUCCAAAGACCGCAUUCAGGCCUCCAUACUGGAAGUCACUGUGAAGGACAAGGAUGUCGUGAAGGAUGACUUCAUUGGUCGUGUCUUGUUUGACCUCAAUGAGAUCCCGAAGCGUGUUCCACCGGACAGUCCUUUGGCACCGCAGUGGUAUAGGCUGGAAGACAGAAAGGGUGACAAAGCGAAGGGGGAGCUAAUGCUGGCUGUUUGGAUGGGUACACAAGCUGAUGAGGCGUUUCCCGAAGCGUGGCACUCAGAUGCUGCAACAGUUAGCGGGACUGAUGCUCUUGCAAACAUUAGAUCAAAGGUAUAUCUAUCUCCUAAGCUUUGGUAUUUGAGGGUUAAUAUAAUAGAGGCACAAGACUUGCAGCCAAGUGAUAAGGGUAGAUACCCUGAAGUUUUUGUGAAGGCUACUCUGGGAAAUCAGACCUUGAGGACUAGAAUCUCUCAGAGCAGGACCAUCAAUCCAAUGUGGAACGAGGAUUUGAUGUUUGUGGCUGCUGAACCAUUUGAGGAGCCUCUGAUUCUGAGUGUGGAAGACAGAGUUGCACCUAACAAAGAGGAGUCGCUGGGGAGGUGUGCAAUUCCUUUGCAGAUGGUGGAUCGGAGACUGGAUCAAAAGCCUGUUAAUACUAAGUGGUAUAAUAUUGAAAAGCACAUUGUUAUUAUGGAAGGGGAAAAGAAGAAGGAAAUCAAGUUCUCAAGCAAGAUUCAUAUGAGGAUCUGUCUGGAAGGCGGUUAUCAUGUUUUAGACGAAUCAACUCAUUACAGCAGUGAUCUUCGCCCAACUGCGAAACAGCUGUGGAAGUCCAGUAUUGGAGUUCUUGAACUGGGUAUAUUGAGUGCUCAUGGUUUGAUGCCGAUGAAAACAAAAGAUGGUAAGGGGACAACUGAUGCUUAUUGUGUAGCGAAAUAUGGGCAGAAGUGGGUGCGGACAAGGACAAUCAUUGACAGCUUUGCACCCCGGUGGAAUGAGCAGUAUACUUGGGAGGUUUUUGAUCCUUGCACUGUCAUUACAAUUGGUGUAUUUGAUAACUGUCAUUUGCAUGGUGGUGAUAAGCCUGGAGGCUCAAAAGAUUCCAAAAUUGGGAAGGUAAGAAUUCGUCUUUCCACCCUUGAGACUGAUCGUGUUUAUACACAUUCCUAUCCACUUCUAGUUCUUAAUCCAAAUGGGGUGAAGAAAAUGGGUGAAAUCCACUUGGCUGUAAGGUUUACAUGUUCUUCUUUGCUUAAUAUGAUGCACAUGUAUUCACUACCUUUGUUGCCUAAGAUGCAUUAUAUUCACCCACUAACUGUUAGCCAGCUUGACAAUUUGAGGCAUCAAGCUACUCAGAUUGUUUCGAUGAGACUGAGUCGUGCUGAGCCACCCUUGAGAAAGGAGAUAGUGGAAUAUAUGCUGGAUGUGGGUUCCCACAUGUGGAGUAUGAGAAGAAGCAAGGCCAACUUUUUCAGGAUUAUGGGGGUUUUGGGUGGAUUAAUUGCUGUAGGAAAAUGGUUUGACCAGAUUUGCAACUGGAAAAAUCCAAUCACGACGGUGCUGAUCCAUAUCCUGUUCAUAAUAUUGGUCAUGUACCCUGAGCUUAUCUUACCCACAAUCUUCCUUUACCUCUUUUUGAUUGGAGUUUGGUACUACAGAUGGAGACCAAGGCACCCCCCUCACAUGGACACUCGCCUCUCUCAUGCGGAUUCUGCGCACCCUGAUGAACUAGAUGAAGAGUUCGACACAUUCCCAACCACCAGGGCUUCGGACAUUGUGAGGAUGCGAUAUGACCGACUUAGAAGCAUUGCUGGGAGGAUACAGACUGUGGUUGGUGAUUUGGCCACUCAAGGGGAGAGGCUGCAGUCUUUGCUCAGCUGGAGAGAUCCAAGAGCCACUGCCCUCUUUGUGAUUUUCUGUCUGGUUGCUGCAAUUGUACUGUAUGUCACCCCAUUCCAAAUUGUGGCCCUUUUCACUGGAAUUUAUGUGUUGAGACACCCGAGGUUCCGCCACAAGCUUCCUUCAGUGCCUCUGAAUUUCUUCCGGAGGCUGCCUGCAAGAACUGAUUGCAUGCUCUGAGUCAUGGAUAGUGCACAAACUACUGAGGGAGCAGCUUGCUUUGCUUUCAUUGUUCAGCACCAGAUUUUGUGGAUUUGCAUUUCAUUAUGUCAUAGGAUUUUCUGUUUUGAACUUCAUGGUUAAAUUUGUAAUUUUGUAGGCUGAGUUGAAAUUAACUUAUGUUUAAUCGAUUUCAUGUUUAAUUAGAUGUAGUAAAGUUUCUCAAUGGGAGUUUGAACUUUACCCCCUCAAAUGGCUAUUGAUUUUGAGCUUAAGUGAUUACUGAUUUCUGUUC